AUGAAGUUUUUCAUCUUUGCCUGCCUGUUGGCUGUUGCUCUGGCAAAGCAUGUACCAUCUCACAGUUCAUCUAGUGAGGAAUCUGCUGACGUCACUGAAAAAAAGGAGCAGUCUGAGGAAGAAAAUGUCUACCUAAAACAGCUGAACAAAAUCCAACAAUUUUACCAGCAAGCUUACUUCCCCCAAUACCGUCAGGUUUAUCGUCAUCAGCAGAGAGUUUUGAACCCAUGGAAUAGCUUUAAGAAAAAUGUCAAUCAUGCUAUUUCCAUUCCGAAAAAGGAGCAGUCUGAGGAAGAAAAUGUCUACCUAAAACAGCUGAAAAAAGAGGAACACUCCUCCACAGAGGAAACCUUAAAGAAGAUUGCUGAUUUGAUCAAGAUCAACCAAUUUCAAACAUUCGCCGUCCCCAAAUAUUUCCAGGUUAUUCAUCCACAGCGGAUAGCUGUAAAUUCUUGGGCUCACAUUAAGAACAUUGCCUACCCAUAUAUUCCCAUUGUGGUUUGA